CGCCCAUCUAGCACGAGUGCGCGCACGUCGCUGCGGCUUCACCCUGCGCGGGCGCGAGCACGCCACCGACCUCAUCGUAGCUCAGCCGUUUGGAGUGACCCUAGGGGCGGGGCCGCAGGGGAAAGUGUCAAAGUGUUGGAGUGAAGUGAAAAUCUCCUAGAAGGGAAAUGGCUGCCUCUUCAUCCUCCUCCUCAGCUGGUGGGGUCAGUGGAAGUUCUGUCACCGGAUCUGGAUUUAGUGUCUCAGACCUGGCCCCACCGCGGAAAGCCCUUUUCACCUAUCCCAAAGGAGCUGGCGAGAUGUUAGAAGAUGGCUCUGAGCGAUUCCUGUGUGAAUCUGUUUUCAGCUACCAAGUGGCAUCUACACUUAAACAAGUAAAGCAUGAUCAGCAAGUUGCUCGGAUGGAAAAACUAGCUGGUUUGGUAGAAGAGCUGGAGGCAGAUGAGUGGCGAUUUAAACCCAUCGAGCAGCUGUUGGGGUUCACACCCUCUUCAGGUUGACCCUGCCUGGAUGGUUACCUCUGUGCAUCACAAGUACUGGGCCAGCAAAAGGACUUUUCUUACAGUUCAUGUAGCCAGUCAGACACUUGGCAGCUCAGUUGCUGGAUUGUUAAAUACUUGCUUUCUCUGUCCACAAGCAACAAAUACUUAAGUGUGUUCUUGCAGGGGGAUAUCUGUUCAUUUGUUUUUUUAAAUUAUUGAGAGUCAGACUAGGACAACCCGCUUCAGAGAAUCAAGAGGUGUGGAUUUAAGAGGUAUUUAUAAAAAUUUACAAGCCAGAUAAGACACUUGUCAGAAUUGAUCAACUUAAGUGGCAUCUAUCUCAUACAGUGCCUAGAGUCCUCGCCAGUCAAGUCCAAGGUCAGGAUUUGGAGUUAUAAAAUACAGCACUUCUGACCUAAAAUAGUUCUUUUUUGCAAGUGAAUAUGAUUUCAACUCAGGACCAGUCUCAAUGAGGAAUUUUUAUAUGUUAGGUUUUUUGUUUUGUUUUGUUUUGUUUUGUUCUAAUUUUAGACAUCUAAUUCUAUAGAUCCUAACUUUUUCUAACCUCUUCUAGACAUGGCAAAUGCUGGCAAUGAGAAUUGCUUUUUGAAUGUUAAAGCAUUUAUAAAAAUAAAGCAGUGAACAAAAUCCUUCUUAACACAGAAAUUCUGACUUCAUCUCUUUGAUGUGCUCAAGCAAUUCUGUAGCAAAUAAAUCCGUUCAAACAGCUCCAAAUUGGUUUCUUUAUCCGUUCAAAGUCUGAGGGAUUUGGAAUAGGGAGGAGAGGUCAGAUUACUUUUUAUAAGAAGGGAAUCUAAAAGCCAUUUCUCCUGUGAAAAUAAUGAAUUUGCUUAUCCCCAGGGAUAUUUGUUUUCACAGACAUAUAUGAAUUUAUCUUGUCAGUAAUACCUGAGUAAGUUUUAAUACCAUGAUAGGGAAAAAACUAGAAAGCUUUGUUCACUCAUGAGGGUCCACUGCACAGUUAGGAGAAACAAUUAUUAGACUAUCUGCAAAACUUGUCUCAAACAACAGUUGCCUGUCUCCUCAUUAAUAACUUAUACCUGACCUGCUUCGAGUUGCUUAAUUAUAAAUAAAUAUAAUCCCAGUAGCAAUUGGCCUUAAUCUCUGGCGUUCAAAAUGUUUAACUCAUACCACCUGCUAGGAAGUGGUGAUCUCAUUGCAUCAGUAAAGAAUCUGAACACAUGGAGAUGAAAAGCCUGCUCCAUAUGGUCACAUAGUCUGGGCAGGAGAAGUUUCUGGAACUUGGAAAAAAUGCAGCUGACUGAUAAUCCAGUUGACGAUUCUUUAAAGAAAAUCAGAGCACAAAAAUUAGCUCAAACUUACCUAUUACACUUUCAUAUUUUUCAACCCAAACAACCCCAUAUUUUUUUCUCUUUUUUAAUUAAUUAAUUUAUUUAUUAAUGAGUACGCUAGGAGGAGAGAAAGAACCAGACAUCACUCUUGUACAUGUGCUGCCAGGGAUUGAACUCAGGGCCUCAUGCUUAAGAGUCCAACAUUUUAUUUACUGUGC